UAGAUCUAUCCCCCGCCUCCACCUAGGACCUCCCAUGGCGUCCGUCGCAUUAAAGCUCUCACGGUCACGGUUCGCUGGGGCAGCCGCCAACUCCUGCCGCUUCGCUCUUAGCCUACCCGGCCGCGAUCUCACUGGAGAUACCACCAUAAACGCCCGGUCGCGACCGUUACUUAGAUCCCCAAACUCCGCCGCCGCCUCCACCAGCCCCUCGGUCUUCUUCCUCCGGCGCAGCAUAGCUACGCUCCCCUCCGGUCAGGACUCCAAUCUGCCUGUGGGCGCCGCACCAGAUGACCUCGACGACGAGCUCCGCCCUGGUAAUCAAUCAUUCUUUCAUCUCUGUAUUCUUUACACAUCUUGGUUGGCAGCACAAAUUAUGGUUUUCUUUUCUGUGACGACGCAAGACCCGGACACCGUUCCCUACUUCGACGAGAAGGACCUCGUCUCGGAUGAAACCCUGUGGGCUCUGUACGAGCGGUGGUGCCGCUUCCACGGAAUGGCGCGCGACCACGACGAGAUGACUAGGCGAUUUGGUCGUUUCAAGGAUACGGCGUGGCAUGUCCACGAGUUCAACAAGUCGGGUAGGAGCUACACCAAGGGGCUCACCCAGUUCUCCGAUUUGGAGCCAGAGGAGUUCUUCGGCCCUCGUCGCUGUCCGAGGACUCCCAGAACUGGUAGUCGUUUCUUCACCAACGACAGAGAUGAGGUCACGGCGAUCUGUACUGACGGGUGUCUUGAAAAAUAUGAGGGCCCUGUUUGGAUAAUCCGUAAUGUUAAGUAGCCCUAAAGAAACGGUUGUAUACGCAA